AUGAAACAUUCGUCUGCCUUUUUGUUUUGUUCGCUCCUUUACGGAGUAGCUUCAAGCAGUGAUCUCUCUUCAGACUGCAUCUCGACACAUCUGCUCCCUGUCAUCUCCACCUCUUCUUUUGUGCCUAUUCUGACUGAAUUGGCGCCUGAAGCAACGCAUGUCGCUCCCACUUCCAUUCCUGGUGCAAGCAAGGCAGCAGAAUCUGGAUCUGGCUCUGGCUCAGAGCCUGAGUCUGUUUCUGGCCUGGCCAAUCCCAGCAACGCCAGCCCUGCAUCGGUUGAGCCAAAUUUCCCCAGCGUCGGCGUUUUGUCAAUCAAAGGCUCGGGUUAUGUGAACCCGACUGACACUGUCCCUACGCCAUCCUCGUCUGCUCAUCCCGAUUACGUGUCUGGGGUCCCCGGCAACAUUGUUAGCAACAUUAGUAGAGCUAUGUAUCUGGCAGGCUCUAUUAGUUUGAUCAUUCACUUGGCCGAUUUAUUCUGA